CUCUGAGCUGCGCUUCUCCCGCUCCCCUCAGCUUCCUUAGGAUUUUGUUUCUCAGGGAUGGCCGCAUCUAUUCUGGAGGUAGGGAAUGUAAUUGAAGAUGCACGCUAUGGCUCCAGUCCUCUGGCUAUGUUAACUGCUACCUGUAACAAGUUUGGCAGCACAAGCCCCAUCAGGGAUUCGGCUACACCCGGUAAGAUCAGCAACGCUACUCCAGUCAAGAAGCCUUACAUCAUGACCUCUGACCUUCAGACAGCAAAGAACGGGCGGACCGCAGACGGCAGUGGCCUGGCAGACUCCUACACUGGCUCCUUCACCACAGCUGGAGGAGGAGGAGGUGGCGGGCUGCUUACCCCCACUGGAAGCCCCCCUCCUUCAGCCGGAGGCUACACUACAGAAUAUAACCCCUUUUCCCACUCCUUCCAAACCUCCAUCUCCCAGGAUCCGUCUCUUUUAGUGUCCAAGGCCCACGCCACGGCCGACUGCCUCACCAGUGUCUAUACCUCGCUGGAUAUGACACACCCCUAUGGCUCCUGGUAUAAAGCUGGUAUCCACCCUGGCAUUACUGCUGCUCCAGCUAAUGCCACAUCCUCCUGGUGGGAUGUCCACCCCAACUCCAACUGGCUGUCAUCAACUCAGCCCCAGGCGGACGGAGGCCUCCAGGCCUCCCUGCAGCCUGUGGCACCCCAGGCCUCUCUAAGCCCACAACUGCCCAGUUACAGCACCGACUUUACACCACUCAACCCAGCUCCUUACCCUUCUGUGGGACUGGGCUCCUCCUCACACCUUCUCCAGCCCUCUCAGCACAUGCUGCCCCAGGACAUGUACAAGCCCAAGCCUGUGCAAAGUGCAGGGCUGAUUGAGAGUCCCAUGGGCCUAAAGCCUGCUAGGGGAUCAGGAGGCUACGGAGGGGGUGCACCCACCAGGUCCUCAUGUGACUGCCCCAACUGCCAGGAGCUGGAGAGGCUGGGGGCCUCGGCUGCAUCCCUGAGGAAGAAGCCGGUCCACAGCUGCCACAUCCCAGGCUGUGGGAAAGUCUACGGCAAGGCUUCCCACCUCAAAGCCCACCUGCGCUGGCACACUGGCGAGCGGCCCUUUGUUUGCAACUGGCUGUUCUGCGGGAAACGUUUCACCCGCUCGGACGAACUGGAGAGGCACGUGCGCACCCACACGCGGGAGAAGAAGUUCACCUGUCUACUGUGCAACAAGCGCUUCACGCGCAGCGACCACCUCUCCAAGCACCAGAAGACCCAUGCGGAUUCUGCAAUACAGGGCAAAGCUGUAGCUGUGGAGGGAGAGACAGAUCCACGGAGUGAGGAGACCACAGAGCUCAACACCAGCGCUGUACCCACCAAUACUGUCGCUGACCAAAUCACCAACGGAGAUGAGAAGACUGGCACACCUAAUGGAGUUGAGAACACCAGUGGACUGUUGGAGAUCUGACUUCAUUAAAUCCUCUAUCCAGUACUAUGUGAGACAUGGUGGUGUUUUAUGGUGGAAAAAAUCAAUCACCUUUUACAUUAAAAAGACAGUAUUUUGUUUCCAGACAUGCAAAGGAUAUCAGACCACGUUUAAAAAGACUUGUAAUGAUAAAUGACUGAGCAUGUUGCAGGUAGCAAUCACUUCAUUUUCUCUGGACCACACACACACACACACACACACACACAAAUAUGAGCAAGCUGCAAACAUACACCAAUGCACAAAUGUAUGCAGGCAGACACAAAUACACACAUAAAUAUGAGAAACCAAGCCAUGAUGUACAUGGAAACAAAGAAAACAUGUAUAUGUGCACAUACAAAAGCACAGAAAUAACUAUGAGCAAAUGUGCAAGAAAAUAAUGCAUAUAUACAUGCACACACACACACACACACAAGUAAACACUCAUGCACACAUUUUUCUGCCUUUCAAAUGAGACAAACCACUGGGGAAAUUUAAUCUGCAAAAGCAGAAGGAAAAGAGCUCUGAAGCCGCAAAAGGAAAGUAGUUUUAGAAGGAGACUUAUGGUUAGGAUGAUGGAGUUGAUGGAGCAUUGCAUGUCUAGAGAAAAAUCUGAUUCACAGCUGUACUUUGAUACUUAUUCAUUAUUCUUAAAACAAUCAAUGGACAGUCUUACUUACUGCUUCUUGUUGCCAAAGACAUUUUGGAGUAAAAUGUUUUGCAUUUCAUUUUUGUUUGCAUCUUACUAUGUCUAAUUUAAUUUCAUAUUUACAUAAAUAAUCUAAUUUAUGUCUUAAAUUAUACACAUGGAAGAUUAUCUUGCACCCUGCAGGAUAUACAGUAUAAUGCCUGAAUUAAUGCAAGAUGGUUGAAGCUGGCCAAAAAGAAAAUAAAAUGCAUUAAAGACUUUCUUUUUCCUUAUUUAUUAGUUAUAACGUGGAGUUUGGGGCUGUGUUUUUAAAGAUUUAUUUAUAGAUCUUGAAGUUAGAUGUGCGUGUAAACUAUUUCUAUAUAAUCUCUCAAUUGUGAAAUCUUCCACACCUGGCAAAGUAAUGAUUAAUAAGGGUUCAUCCUUGUUUGUACAUACUAUAUAUUUACAACAAUAUAUAGAUAUUGUUAGGUGUGUUAUUUUUCUACUUUUUUAUGUAUUUUCUAUAUCUUGUGUAACUUUCCACGAUGAAAAAAACCUCUAUGUUGCAUCAGUAUUAAGAAACAUAAACAUAAGAGCUUAAUUUGUUAUUCAUAAUUUUGAUCAUCAUAGAAUUGAAUUACCACUGUUUGCUGACUUGUUGUGAAAUGAGUGUAUAAGAUAUUGUAAAUAGUGAUCAAGCAUUAAACCUCGUAAAGGUGAACAUUGUAAAAGUUGUGGUGUGGAAUCAUGACAAUUUUGGUGCUUUCAAAAGUAAAGACAUUUCAAAGGCA